GCCGCGCGGCUCCGGCGUUUCAUUCAGAUAAAUUGCCUCUUCUUGUAAGCGGAAUCCCCUGACCGGAGUUACGCGAAGGGAAAUGCAAAGGCUGGGAGGGGCGCGCCGCAGCCAGGAGGGGCAUUAAAAGGAAGCGGGUUGGCAGCCCCUCCGGCUCCGUUUUAAAAGCAAAAAAAGGCGGGGUGCCUGUUUCCAGACCCGCUUAGCUUAAUCGCUGCCUGUCUGCGCUACUUUCCCGAGCCUCCCCGAGGGAAGGGAACUAUAGGGGGCAGAAGGCGACGAUGAAGGUAACCGCUCUUGACUCCCGGCAGCUCAAGCAGCUCCUGCGGAAGGAGCCCGCCGGCUGCCUGGUCUUGGAUUGCAGACCGUACCUCUCCUACUCGGCCUCCUGCCUCCGCGGAUCGCUCAACGUGAACCUCAACUCGGUGGUGAUCCGCCGCGCCCACGGGCGGCCCGUGCCCUUGCACUUCGUGGUGCCCGACGAAGCGGCCCGAGGGCGGCUGCUCCUGCCUGGGGCUUGCCCGGAGGAGGAAGAGGAGGAAAGGGAAGGGGACGCUGCGGUGCCCUCCCGGCGGCUGCUGACGGCCGUGGUCGUCCUGGAUCAAAACACCCGGCACUGGCGGAAGCUGAAGAAGGAGAGCACGGCGCAGAUCGUGCUGAACACGCUGCUGGCCAGCCUGCCGGAGAGCGGAGCGAGGGUCUGCUUCCUGCGAGGAGGCUAUGAAGCCUUUUAUUUGCAGUAUCCUGAGUUUUGCAUAGAUGUAAAACCCAUAUCCCAAGAGAGACCUGAAACGGAGAGAAGCACCAGCAGCCUCUACGAGAAGCCGUGCAUCCACCACAAACCAGCAUACGAUCAGGGUGGCCCAGUGGAGAUCCUUCCUUUCCUGUACCUUGGCAGUGCCUACCAUGCUUCCAAGUGCGAGUCCCUAGCCAAUCUGAACAUUACAGCACUCCUGAACGUCUCCAGGAAGAGCUCCGAGCCCUUUACGGAUCAAUACUGCUAUAAAUGGAUUCCGGUGGAGGACAAUCACACAGCAGACAUCAGCUCACACUUCCAGGAAGCAAUAGAAUUUAUUGAUUGCACCAGACGGGCAGGGGGUAAGAUCUUGGUGCAUUGUGAAGCUGGAAUUUCCCGCUCUCCCACUAUCUGUAUGGCAUAUCUGAUGAAAAUGAGAAAGUUCCGCCUGGAGGAGGCUUUUGAUUACAUCAAGCAACGUAGGAGUCUGAUCUCACCAAACUUUGGCUUCAUGGGCCAGCUGCUACAGUAUGAGUCAGAAAUAUUGUCCUCAACUCCCAGCCCUCCUGUUGCCUCUUGCAAAAGGGAUGCUGUGUCUUUCUUCACCGAAGAGCUGGCUUUGGGCAAAAGCUUCGAAGGCUCCUGUUUUGCUUUUCCUACCUCAGUUUUGAAUUCUGUGCCCAUUCACUCACCUGUCCACCAGCUAAAUAUUGCUGCAUCUUCAUCCUGCUGGACCCUCCUGGGAACAAGAGACAAUACAGUCCCAUGAGCCUGGUAGAGCGUAUAAUGAUACAUUUCACCUACAUGCAAUACAGAGGACCUCAUGAAUUUCACCUGGAACUGGACACUUGAGGGGCUGUCUAUACCUGGAAGGGGGAAAAGUCAUUUUACAUUGAGAUGGAGUCUUUGUUCAGUGCAUUUAAGUUUGGGGGGUAGCUAUGCCAUUUCAGGUUGUUAACUUGUGCUGAGUCGAGCCAACUCCUGCUGUAGCUCAAAUUGUCCUAGGCUUGUGCUUUGAAGAUAAUUCUUCCUCUUCCCAGAAGUAGAUGCCCUUCGUUAUGGCUGAGAACAUAAGUGUAUGGACACUGGCUAGAUCAGGCUUUCAAAAGAAGGAAUGUUUUUUUAAAAAUAAAAGUUGUGCACUGUUUAAGGGUUUUUUAGAAUAAAUUCUGGACUGUUUGUGCACCCACUACUAUACUUCCAGACUACCCUGGGGUAGAGAGAACGCCACAUAAAGUCAGUCUGGUCUGAUUGCUUCUCCAUUGCUGUCUCCCUCCUUCUCUUUUAAUUAUAGCCUUGUUUUAAAAGUGUAAGCAAUAAACAGCUGUGUCAGGAAAGCAGAGCUGUAAUGAAAAGCACAAUUUACAAAAGAAGCAAACACUGACAUUUCGGUGAUGGCAGAAACUUGAAUGUUUGCUUUUUCCUGUUGUGUGUCUUUUUAAUAUGUACUACACCAUAGGCUGCAAGUGGGUUAGAAGGUAGGAGCAGAAGACUUCUUUCUUCCCACAUCCAAUGACCAUUGCUUACUGCUGUACGACUGGGGUCAGGUUUAUCCUUCCCCAGAGGCCUUGGGUGCUUGUCAGUUUCUAGUCUGGAUAACAAAACGAGGUAGUCUUGCCAAGAGGAACUUGUGCACGUCCCAAGGCUGCAACAUCAUAGGGGUUCCACUCUUUCUCAUCCAGUUGAAUCCAGCUUGUGUUUCCAGAGAUGCCUUAUUUCCAGGGGAUGUUUCAUUCUUAAAACACCAUGGUCCUAUCAAAACACAAGAGGUUUCCCCUGUUCCACUGGGAACACCUGCUAUGUUCUAUUUCAGCCCUGAACACUAUAGUAGAACCCUACCAACUCUGUAACUGGAUGUAGCAACACAUAUUCCCAAAUGGUACCACUAGAACUGUGUGCGGCUGGCAUAUAGUGGCCAUGUUGCACCUACCCUUUGAGUGAAGUAUAGUCAAAUUCAGGCUGAUGGUGUGCACAGAUGUACUGUUACUCAGUGGGGGGGGGUGAAUUGCUGACCUUCCAGGUGUUGUCGGACAUCUGCAUUGGCAUGAGCUUCAGACAGCAUGGCCAAAUCAGAGGUGAUGAACAUUAUAGUCCCGCAACAUCAGGAAGGCUACACAUUUUCCACACUGGCUAAUCAGUUCCUGAAAUCCCGUGGUUGAAAGUUCAAGUAGGGUUCUGCAAUGCAGAACCUGUGUUCUACAGCUUUAUUUUGGCUUGAUGCAAAUGGCCAAAGCAGACUGGUUCAGUUGCAGUUCAGUAACGGCCAUGUGUAGGACAUACUGCUGAGCUAACAGGCUGCAAAAAAUAAAUGGGUGGAGCUGCACAGGUUGUUCACAGACCAUAUUGUCACCCCACUCCAGACUUGGACCUCUGUUGAGAGAUGACUGCCUCCUCUUCUAACAGUAUGCACUCACUAAAGAGCAGCAAAGAAGGAAUUAAAGAGCAGGCAGUUCUACAGCAGUUGGUUAUGUAAAGGAAUGCUUGAAUUUUUUUUAAUGCUUAUCCAAUGAAAAUUUCUUUUUCUCUUUUCGUUGCAAUUAGAUUUACUGUAUUUUAAGAUUUUAAGAAAAAGUUGGAAGGGGGCAGCUUGCAAACAAUGCAUCUCCCCAUUGAAGUGUUAUCCAUUUAUAUAUUACGUGGUCUUGUUGAACGUCAUGUGGCUUGCUUUUCCCUGUAUUGAUUGAUCUCUUCCAUAACACAUUUCUGGCUGUGGAAUAACAUCAUUUCCAAGCCAACUGGGGUCCUUUUUUUCCAGGGGAUCUGUGUGUCUAGCUUGUAUGUCUACAGGUGGCUCAAUGUGCUGCUGUUGCUUUGUUCAGUCACAUUUUUUUCUAAAUGUGAGAAAUGGCAAUAACUGCCUGGAAAACUUGUGAAUGUGAAUAUGAGAACUUUUUUUUUAAAAAAAAAAGAAAAUAAAAACGUAAAAAAAUAA